GACUGUUCCCGCUCCUUGUCAUCCACUACUUUAAAGCAAAAUGGACGCACGCACGUAUCGAGAGAGAGAGAAAGAGUUAUCAGCUGUUCGAUGAUACAAAGCCGGUUUUCUUAAUGUAUGAAAGAGAUUGAAAUCGUUAGAUAAUUAUACGCAAAAUGGAUAGUAGUGUGACUAACAUUGCGACAAUGGGACCUGAGCAAAUAAAAAACUUUCAUCAGACACUACUAAAUAAUGCGUUCACGCAGAGACUUGAACAAAAUAAAAGGCAAAUUGAAACAUUAAAUGACUAUAAGAAGAGACACGAAAAGGUGAUAGAAGGGCUUCAAGUGUAUCCAUUAUCUGUCUCAGAAAAUUGUAUGGUACCUAUUGGCAAACGGGCAUUAAUGAAAGGAAAAUUAAUUCAUACUAAUGAAAUUUUAGUUUGUUUGGGAGAUGGUUAUUUCGCAAAAUAUAGCGCACCACAGGCGAUCUCGGUGUGCAACAGGAGAAUAGCAUGGGCGGAUACAAUGUUGAAAAGUUUAGAAGCAGAAAGAAACUUGUACGAGACGAGGCAAAUUCUUCCAUUGCAAUAUGAUCUUUUUGGAGAUGGAGAUAGAAAAGAUCUAUUGGAACAUUGGGACGAAGACAAGCUUGAUGAUUGGCGGGUUCUACAUAGACAGCGUGAAAAGGAGUACCAUCAGAAAUUAGCAAAAUUAAGAGAACAGGAAAAGACAGAGAUUCGUACCGAGGAGGAUCUUUUAAAGAGACUUGAUGAAUUAGAAUUGGAAGAAGAACUAGAAGAUGAAAUAUACAGACUAGAAGCUGAACAGAAAAAAUUUUAUAACGAUGAUUUGCAAGAAGGUGAAGUUUAUGAUGAGUCAGAGGAGGACGAUUCAUCUGAUUGUGAUGAAAUCACAGCAGAAAAGAUUGAAGAGGAAUUAAAGAAAUUGAAGAAUAUUCAAAUGAACAAAUAUAUAAAAAACACAUCAAAUGUCUGUUCUGAGGUAACUCAAGAUACGACACUUGACAAAAAUGAACAGUCCAGUCUCGCUGCGCAUUCUAGUCAAGACAAAUUAAAGGAAAAUUACUUAUCCGAGCUUGGGGAUGUAUCUGAAGACACAAGCUUGAAGAAGAGGAGAGUAUCAUUUGUUGAACCAUGUGCUAUGGAAAAUGAUACGAAAGAAGAAAUACCAAUAUCUCAAAAAUCUUGCUCCGUUCUGAAGCAAAAUUGCACACAUAAUGAAGAUUCUAAGGAAGAGGAUGAUAUUAUUCAGAUUGAGUUUUCACAUUCAUCAUGCGCUCCAAAUAUACCUGAAUCAAAUAACGUAGAAAUACAAAGUCCAACGGAUAUCUAUAAAAUGUUUUGUGCUCCAAAAUCCAUUUUAAAAAGAUCUCCAAAUGAUAUGAUUCCUAAUCAAAUUGCUCCUCCUUUAGACGAAGACAGCAAUACAGAGACAGAAGAUGAAGAUGAUCAUGUUAAACCUUCUGCAUACAAUUCCGUCAUUAAAGAAGUUCAAGAAAGUAAAGUGUCGACAAUGAAUACUUUAGAGAAAGAUAAAAAGAAGAUUGUAAGUAGAUUUAAACUUGAAAGAGCUGCAAGGAAGAAGUGAUGUAAAUAUAUUAUAAUUUUUGUUUGCACAAAAUACACGUAUACAUUUUCUAA